AUGGGUAUACCACAAGCAGUACAAUUACUUGUUCAAUUAAAUCGAAUAGAUCUAAUUGAUAAAAAAAGUUUAUGCUCAUAUAUAAAACAAUUACAACACGAUGAAAGUUUUAUAGGUGAUCAAUGGAAAGAAAUUGAUACAUGUUUUUCAUUUUGUACUGUUGCAUGUUUAAAAUUAAUUGAUUCAUUAGAUAUUAUUGAUAUUGAUCGUGCAACAAAUUUCAUUAUGAUUUGUUUAAAUUUUGAUGGUGAUUUUGGUUGUAUACCUGGUGCAAAAUCACAUGCUGGACAAAUCUAUUGUUGUUUGGGAUUCUUAUCACUUGUUCAACGACUUGAUAAUCUUGAUUUAUCAACAGGAAAUAUUGAAAAAUUAAGUAAAUUUAUUUUAGCUGCACAAGAUGAUGAAACAGAUGGAUGUGCUGAUCGACCAGGAAAUAUAUCUGAUCCAUUUCAUACAUUAUUUUGGGUAGUUGGACUAUUAUUAUUAAAUACAUAUGAUGAAAAUAUAAUUAGAAAAGUAAAUUCUGUUUUAUGUAUGCCAGAAUAUAUUGUUCAAAGAACAUGA